GGUAACGUAAAUAUCACAGUCGAGAGCCUCAUACUCCUCUGGUGGGCAGUUCACGACGCUCUUCCUGCCGGGAUAGUGUUCACUCCCACAGCGACAUGGCUGCUACUGUCAUGAUGAGGACGUGGAGCUGCCCGACCACAGGAGUUUUCUACCCAUGGGCAGUCUUUUGUGUGGUUUUACUCAGUACCAUAAAUGCGGUUGUUGCAGCACCAGAGACAGGGGUUUGGAAACGUACCAUGGUAAACACCUCAAGCCCACUACAGUUAAGAAAAUCAAUGUAUAAAGACACCAACAUUGAAUUGAAAGUUGUGCCUUUUGGCUGUCCUGAGGAGGUGAACUUUUCUAUUCACUGGUAUUUAAAAUACUACCCCUGUCACAAUGACUAUAACAAUAUUGAAGAAAUGUAUGAAAGAACACCUCUUAAUCGUGGGGAGGGUCUGGAUCCAAAUCCCCUCGGACAAGGAGAGUACAUCGAACAUAAAUACAGUCCCAUAACAUGUAACAGUAAACUGCACUCCUUUCCAAUGCUCAAAAAAGCCAAGGCGGAGCCGCGUCCAGUCAGUCCACCUGUUCAGGGUGAAGUGCCUGACUUUUAUAAUCAGGAUGAAAAUGACACCAAAUGGAUUACCGAGGAGUAUGACAGCAGCACCCCGGACGUCAUAGCCACCACCUGGAAGGACGGUCCUUACCUGCUAGUUGUAAAGAUUGAGUCUAGUAAACCAGAUGCCAACUGGAAUUUAACAGUUAAUGUGGUGAUGAAAGGCAGCCAUGGUUACAUAUCUAUAACAGAAUGGCCUCUCAUGAUUUUCUACAUGGUGAUGUGCAUAGUGUACAUCCUGUACGCCCUGCUGUGGUUUAUCUGGGCAGCAUGCUACUGGAAGGAUCUGCUGAGGAUCCAGUUCUGGAUUGCAGGGGUCAUAUUUCUCGGUAUGGUGGAGAAGGCUGUCUUCUGUGCCGAAUAUGAAAACACGAACGCUGUCGGCUCUGCUUCUCCAGGCUUGCUGAUCUUUGCCGAGCUGGUCUCUGCCCUCAAGAGGACUUUGGCUCGAUUGCUCGUCAUCAUUGUCAGCCUUGGUUAUGGAAUUUUGAAGCCUCGACUGGGCCAAGUAAUGCACCGAGUUGUGGGGCUCGGCAUCCUAUACUUUGCCUUUGCCAGCAUUGAAGGUGUCCUGAGGAUUACUGGGGCAAAAGACUCUGACUUGACCCUGCUGGCCAACAUUCCCCUGGCACUGCUUGACUCCUCUCUAUGCUGGUGGAUCUUUGUAAGCCUGGCACAAACCAUCAAGACUCUAAAGCUGAGAAGAAACCCCGUCAAGUUGUCUCUCUACAGGCACUUCACAAACACACUAAUAUUUGCCGUCAUUGCUUCCAUCAUUUUCAUGGGUUGGACAGCAAAAAAAUUCCGGCUAGCAGAAUGCCAGUCUGAUUGGAUUGAGCUUUGGGUGGAAGAUGCUUUCUGGAGGUUCUUGUUCUCCGCCAUUCUGUUUGUCAUAAUGUUUUUAUGGAGACCGUCUGCAAACAACCAGAGGUAUGCUUUCACACCUCUCAUCGAUGACUCUGAUGAUGAGGAGAUUGAGGAGUUCGCCUCUACGAACAUUGCAGAUGGCAUAAAGUUGAGAGUGUCUAAACACGAAACAAAUGGCACAGUGAAGUCUGCCGAAAUAAACCCAGAGGAAGACUUGAAGUGGGUGGAGGAUAACAUUCCUAGCUCUCUUGCUGAUGUAGCUCUACCGGUCCUGCUCGACUCAGAUGAGGAAAUCUUGACAACCAGAUAUGAGAUGUCAAAGCUGGAGUGAGGCAAAACAUUUCCACACAUGGAGGGAGAACACAGCUGACUUUGCUGCAGGCUUUUCUCCAGGAUAUCCAGUCGGGAGUGCCAUUUAGUUUUUCAGAGGAUCUUCCCAUACGGCUUCAACUUCGCAGAGGGAUGCAGGCCACACUUUAGGAGAAGCUCUGCUCAUUUUCUUAACUUCGCAAGAGCAAAGGACUCUACCAGAGGAAAACGGUCUUUUCACUAACCAACUGUGACUAUUUCCCUGAUUAUGAUCAGUUUUGAUCCUUUCUUUCCAAAGAGAAUGUUUCCUUUAAGUGCUAUAUUUAUGUUCAUGUGACUUUUAUUUGAUCAAAGAAAUAAGAACAGUGGGCCUCACGCAUAAACACACUCUCAAAUGUCUUUUUACAGAUAUCAAGAUGUUAGUGAUUGGUUGUGAUUCUUAUUUAGGCCCUUUUUUAUCUCAGUAAUUAACACCAAGAAUGAUUUAUUAAAGUUUAUUUUCAAGCUCAAAAAGAGACAGAGAAUUUUACUUCCAUGUGUUAAUUAAAUUAUUUCCAACAGGAUCUUUCAUUAUAUAAAUACAUAAUGUUUACACAUUCAUUUCAUACAUAAAGUUCAGUAAACAUGUUUUGCAUGUGACUAAGGCCCACUUCUUUUUUUUCUUCUGUUUGCCAACAUUAAAGUCUGAGAGGAGAAAUAAAAUCAUACUUUGAAUAGGACAUUUGCUCUUAUGCACAAGAUCAAAGCUGUGCCUACAUGUAGUUCCUGUAUGAGGCCUAAACUGUUCACGUACUUUACAGUAAUGGGUAUGAAAGUGUCUUUCAUGAGUCUGGCAUCUUCUGUAUUGGUGUGUGAGGGGGGUGAAGCACAAACGAGUGGUUUGUACAAUUUGAAUUUAAAUGUGUUGAGUUGAGGGUUUGCAGUCAUGGUUUGAAUCUGCUGUACUGUGUGUGUGUGUGUGUGUGGAAGUGUGGGCAGGUUUCGUCUUCUGACAACGAGCAAUAUUUGUUAAUCUGAAGUUAAAUCAUUUCAUUAUUUAUUUGUGUUUUAAGUGUACUUAUAAGUUAAAGAGUGUGUUUACAAUGUGUGCUUCAAUUCUUUUUAUUACAUUGAAGUCCAACUAAUUUUGCAAUGUUUCAGGCAAACAGCAAACUUUGCAUUUCUUUUUCAUUGUUUGCUUUCUUUGCAGAUAUAAAAAAUAUUGUGGUGUUUUUUACAGGCACCUUAAUAACAUUAAGGUUUCGUUAAAUAAGUCUUAAUAUUUUUUCUUUUUUUCUGAAAUUGGCUACCCUGGUGUUUUUAUCAUUGUAGUUGUGGAGUUAGAAUGCUGUCAUCAUCUUUAUGUGUGUUGUCUUGAGUAAGUGUUACAGCAGGACUUGUCUGUACUCUAGGCCAUUCCAUAUUCUGACUCAGAUAAGUUAUGUGGUUUGCAAAAGCAAAAGCUGAUCCGUAGGGUUUAUAAUGUCACUCUUCCUUUUUUUUUUAUUGGUUGGAAACCUUGAAUAAUUGUGCUUAUAAUGGCAAGCUAUCCUGUUAUAUAAAACUGUGGACACCUGCAGACCUUGAUUAUUUGUACAGAUGGAUUUUGGCUGAUUCCUGUUAUUCCAUAAUUCCACAGGUGGAGAGGUGUCUGGAUAAUAUGACUUGUCUUUUUAUGUUUUUUGUCAUGAAGAACUUUGCUUGAACUUUUCAUACCAGCAAAUUUCUUCCUUCCUUCUCAGGAAGUGUAUACACCCAGAUUAAAUAAUAAUCAAAC